AACCGCACCGCCUCUGUCCCGAGAAUUCAUGGCGAAGAGCGGCAACGGGAAGCUGAGCAAGCUCAAGUGCAUCAUCAAGCGGUGGCAUUCCUCCAGACGGCUCACCCCUGCCGUCCACUGCGCGGCCGGUGGCAGUUCCGCGCGCUUCGAGUCACCUGCGGCUGCGGCGACGGCGGCGGCGUGGCACUCUGCCUCGUUCAGCGGCGGCGACGAGGUCCCGCCCGGACUCCACCCGGUCUACGUCGGCAAGUCCCGCCGCCGGUACCUAGUCAGCGAGGAGCUCGUCGGCCACCCGCUCUUCCGUGUCCUCGCCGACCGCUCCGGCACCUCCGCCGCCGGCGAGGGUGGCACCGUGGUGAGCUGCGAGGUGGUGCUCUUCGAGCACCUCCUCUGGAUGUUGGAGAACGCCGACCCGCAGACGGAGUCUCUGGAUGAGCUGGUCGAGUUCUACGCCGGCGAUUAGACGCGGCGGAGCAACCGAACGCCGGCGAUCGACGCGCAGAGUAGAAAAGUAUUGUUUAAAAAAAAAAAAGAGGUAAUGCUGCAGCAUUAUCUUUAUUAGCGGGGCCUAUCUGCAUAAAUGACAAUGUGAUGAUUAAUUAAUCAACUAAUUAAUUAAUUAA